AUGACUUCGGUAAGCGGGCACAUGCAAAACUACGAGUUUCCGAUCCAGUACAAGAGCUGGAGCUCGACCCCGCCAGACGCUCUCUUCGAUGCGCCACUCGUAAAGAAUGUCACAAAAGACAUGGUGAAAGUAAAGCAAAAUCUGGAGCAGCAGAGUCGAACACACUCGGUCCUCAUCAUCUGGACCGAUUGCGAUAGAGAAGGAGAGAACAUCGGUGCAGAGGUUCGAGACGUUUGUCUUCGAGCGAACAGAAAUCUCCGUGUCCUUCGAGCGAGGUUUUCUGAAAUCACUCAAACGGCCGUUCGACGAGCGAUGGCGAAUCUUGUCCCGCUCAAUGUGCUCAUUGCAGAAGCAGUCGAUGCUAGACAAGAGCUGGAUCUGAGGAUCGGCGCUUCUUUCACCCGACUACAAUCGUUAUUCCUACAGAACCGCUUUCCAACACUCGUAGAUAGAUUGGUCAGCUUCGGGAGUUGUCAAUUUCCAACAUUGGGCUUUGUCGUCGAAAGAUGGAGAGCAAUCGCGGAGUUUCAGCCAGAGAAGUUUUGGAAAAUCGAAGUGCAUCACAACAGAGGUGGAAUGAACACGAUUUUCACCUGGUCUCGUGUUCGGCUCUUCUCAGAGCGAGCUGCGGCGGCGAUUUUCGAAGAAAUCGAGGAAAGCGGAAGAGCCAAAGUCACGCAUUUAGAAUCAAAGCCGAAGUCCAAAUGGCGUCCCUUUCCACUAGAAACAGUCGAGCUCGAGAAAAAAGCGCGAAUGCUAGGAUUAACAGCGAAAGAUAUCAUGAAAAUCGCCGAGAAACUUUACACUACUGGUUUCAUUUCGUACCCGCGUACUGAAACGAAUAUUUUUCCUAAGUCGCUGGACUUGAAGCCGAUGGUGGAGGCGCAACAGCGAGACCCGAGAUUUGGAGCCUUCGCGACGGAGAUUCUUCAAAACGGGAUCGACCCGAGAAAUGGGAGGAAAACUGACGAAGCGCAUCCACCGAUUCAUCCGCUCAAAGAAGGAUCAGGAAACGGCCUUCAGAACUUGAAAAUCAUUUCCUCCUGA